CGAGAGAGAGAGAGAGGGAGAGGGAGAGAGAGAGGAUGUGAAAAAGAAAGGGGACUUGCGGCUUGUGCGGCGGAUUGGAAGUUUUGCUUUUCUUUUUUGUUUGUUUGUUUUUUUUCCACUUUUUUUGCUUGUGUUGCUCCGCUACGGUUUGACUGCACUGCCUCUCAAGCAAAGCUGUCUGUCAUUCGCGACAUUAGUAACCGGAUGAAAACUCGAGUUUCCCACCGCUUGGAGCACUGCGUCCAUCGCGUUAAGGUUUAUUUGUAUAUUUAUUUUGGGUUUUUUUUCGGCAGUUUGAGUGAGAAGAGUCUUCGUUUUACCUCUGUCAGCGAGAAGAGGGAGGAGGAGGAGGAAGGCACACGUGUAUCCUCUCAAUUCUGAUCACCAACGCGUUGUCACACCGCGGUCUUAGUAAGCCUGUUUAAGUUGAGUGAUUUGUGUUUUUUUGUUUUGUUUUGCACUUUUGAAAAGUUAAAACAUGUCGCUGAGCAGAAGUAUUGAAUUUGAACAUUUCGAGGAACGCGAAAAGACGCACCGGUCGUCUCGGGCCAACGGCGCCGGGUCCUGCUCCGGCUCCAGGGGUAACGGACUGACGCCCAGCCCGGCCCACAGCGCGCACUGCAGCUUCUACCGCGCGCGCACACUCCAGUCCCUCACCUCCGAGAAGAAAGCCAAAAAAGUGCGCUUCUAUCGCAAUGGAGACAAAUACUUCAAGGGCUUGGUGUAUGCCGUGUCCCCCGACCGUUUCAGGUCCCUGGAUGCUUUGCUCAUGGAGCUCACCCGAUCCCUUUCGGACAACGUCAACCUCCCCCAAGGGGUGCGGACGCUGUACACGUCGGACGGAGGCAAAAAGAUCGGCAGUCUGGAAGAGCUGGUCGAAGGUGAGAGCUAUGUGUGUGCCUCUAAUGAACCCUUCCGCCGUGUGGACUACACCAGGAACAUGAACCCAAACUGGUCAGUUGGCAGCAAGACGACAACCUCACGUUCGCUCUCGUCGCUCAGCACGCUGAAGAGCGAGCUACUGCGCGAGUCUAAGGACUUUAUCAAACCCAAGCUGGUCACGGUCAUCCGCAGUGGCGUAAAGCCACGCAAGGCUGUGCGUAUACUGCUCAACAAGAAAACGGCUCACUCCUUUGAGCAGGUUCUCACUGAUAUUACUGAUGCCAUCAAGUUGGACUCCGGGGCUGUGAAGAGGCUGUACACCCUGGAGGGGAAGCAAGUUACCUGUCUGCAGGAUUUCUUUGGGGAGGAUGACGUGUUCAUAGCGUGCGGCCCUGAGAAGUACCGCUACGCUCAGGACGACUUUGUGUUGGAUCACAGUGGUAAGGCUUCCACAGCCUUUAUGACUGAAUGCCGAGUGCUGAAGACAUCGUACAGCCGAUCUGCAACUCCUACCAGGGUGGGAGGUAACAAGAGCCCUGGACCUCAACGACGCUGCAAGUCCCCCAGUGCAGGCAGACGACCCCUCCACUACUCUACCAGCCAAUCUCCAGUCAAAUCCCCAGUAAACGGCGGCCCCAGUAGCCAGAUCUCAACCCCCAAGUCCACCAAGUCAUCCACCCCCUCUCCUACCAGCCCCCACACUACACGCAGUUUCAAGAUCCUUCCUUCCCAUCACAUUUCUGCCCCCAAUGUCAAUGGCUCAUCCAGUAACCACCAGGAGCAGACAGAGGUAGUCAACGGCAACCGCUGUCUGCCUGCCUCCACCAUCCUGGACAAGUACAAGGUUGGCAAGGUCAUCGGAGAUGGCAACUUUGCUGUGGUUAAAGAAUGCGUGGAGAGGUCCACUGGGAAAGAGUAUGCACUGAAGAUCAUUGACAAGGCCAAGUGCAGUGGAAAGGAGCACCUGAUAGAGAAUGAGGUGGCAGUGCUGCGGAAAGUCAAGCACCCCAACAUCAUCAUGUUGAUUGAGGAGGUGGACACUUCCUCUGAACUCUACCUGGUCAUGGAGCUGGUCAAGGGAGGGGAUUUAUUUGAUGCCAUCACCUCCUCCGCCAAAUACACAGAGAGAGAUGCCAGCGCCAUGGUGUAUAACCUGGCUGGGGCCCUCAAGUACCUGCACAGUAUGAACAUUGUCCACAGAGACAUCAAACCAGAGAAUCUGCUGGUGUUUGAGUACCCUGAUGGCACCAAGUCACUCAAGUUAGGAGACUUCGGCCUGGCCACUGUGGUGGAGGGGCCCUUGUACACCGUUUGUGGGACCCCCACAUAUGUAGCUCCUGAAAUCAUUGCCGAGUCUGGGUAUGGUCUGAAGGUGGAUAUCUGGGCAGCUGGUGUUAUUACUUACAUUCUUCUGUGUGGUUUCCCUCCCUUUAGAAGUGAGAGCAACCUUCAGGAGGACCUGUUUGACCAGAUCUUACUGGGGAGGCUGGACUUCCCCAGCCCUUACUGGGACAACAUCACUGAUUCAGUCAAGGAGCUGAUUGGCAAGAUGUUGCAGGUCAACGUUGAGGCUCGUUCCACGGCACAGGAUGUCCUCUCCCACCCUUGGGUCACGGAGGGUGCAGCUAUGGAGAACAACAUGAAGACGGAGGUUACAGGUAAACUGAAGACGCACUUUAACACAACGCCAAAGGAUAACAACACCACAGCUGGGGUGUCAGUCAUUAUGAACACGGCUUUAGAUAAGGAAGACAUCCAGCUCACCACCCGUCGCUGUGCGGGGCCUCAAUCUGUGCCGCCUCCACCUGUUCUGGCUGGCGAUAAAAUCCCUUCUGCCCUUCUGGCUGAACCAGCCCCUCCAACCACGACCGGGCCAGCUUCUCCAACCGACCAGCCAUCACCCACCAAUCUACUGGAACCUACCAAGGUGGAGUCGCUCACUGAGACUGCUUGCCUCGAGGCCCCCGAGAGCCCGGAAACUGUUGCUCCUGACGCCGAGCCCACCUCUAAUCCUCCUUGUCCUCAGUCCCUGAAUGUAAAUGAUGUUUCCUCCACUAAACUGGAUUUCAGUCCAUCUCCCUUGGCCUCCGCUCAAGUGUUUCCUGUCCUAUCUAUAUCCACCCCCUCCCCAUCAGAUACCAUAAGAUCCCCCGCCUGCCCAUCCAUCUGCCCAACACCUCCUCACAACGCCUCCCAGCCCGAAACCCCCUCUCCCUCCGUACCUCCUGCUCUCUUCACCUGUACACCUCGCACAGCUCCCACCACGCCCAUCCCUUGUCCAUCCCCCUCUUCUCCCACCGAACCUGUCUCUCCAUUUCUUUCCUCUCCCUCCGAACCGGCUUUACCCAUUCCCUCUCCCCGUUCUUCGACCUCCUUCCCAAAAUCGGCCUCCUCCUCCCCGAACAAAUCUGGCAUCCUCCUUACCUCCCUCUCCCAAACCAAACAAGCCACUUCUGCUCCCUCUUCUCCCAUCAGAGCAGUGCCCUCCUUCCCCACUCUCUCCUCUCCCAUCCAGCCAGCUGUGUUUGCUGCUCCUCCCUCACCACCUCCCAGGCCCACCAGCCCAUCAGCCCCACUUUCACCUUCCUUUUAACCACUGAUGUUACUUCAGCUACAAGGGUAUUAGUGGGGGUGGGGGCACUUACUUAGCCGCAAGGCUAUUUUGAUCUACUGCUGUAGCCACAUCCCAUAGUCCCCUCAUUAUGAUAACCACUUUUCUCAUGUGACGUGUAGAGGGGCCCAACAGCUUAGACACCACAGCUCAGCCUCCAUCAUCCCCACCAGCUGAAUCUGAGCCCCAGUGAAUGCUACUGUAUCACAUCUUCCAUUCACUCAUCACAUUUCAUUUUCUGAGACAGAGGACAAAAGACUUUUUUUUUUUUUUUUUGAUCAGUUGUAUUUACGGUAUGUUUAUUUAUUAAUGCGAGGUCUGGACAAAGGGAAUGAACUCAAUAUUUCUGUGUUUUUGAGAGGUUGUCUCUAGAGGGCCAUGCAACACUGUACUCAUUUUGAUGUGAAUGCUUUCUCCUUAAUUUAUUAUCUCAGUAAGGUUUGCCUGUGGUUCUGUUUUGUAGAAGUGUUCAUUUGCAUGCCCACACCCACAGACAAAACACCUCUUCCUACAGUAAAUGAUGGGUUUUUUUUGUUUUUGUUUUUUGGCUUAAACAGAAACCCAUCGUACGUUUGUGGUUUAAGUAUUCCAGUACACGGAGUAAUCUGAAUUUGCCAACCUAGCUUGCCUGUAGAAAGCUGAAUCCUAGAGACGAGUGCAGCUCCUUACAACCAGUACCAACAUACGCCUUAGAGGAGGCCACGCGAUAGAUAUCCCCACUGUGCAGUUUAGCCUAGGCCCCCUCUGUAUUGUGAGCAGUUAAAGUACACACACACACACCUAUCAUUUGAUGUGCACUCUGUAGAUAUUAAGUUGGAUAAAAAAAAAAACUUGAUCCGACUAAAACUUGACGGGGUUUUCGCUUGCCUGAACCCGCUUCUGGUUGACCCGUCAUCGCCCCCCGUAGUUGUAAUUGCUGCAAAUAAGAUACAACCAAAGGAAAGGGAGCCGGUUUGUUCAUAAAUCUGUUAAUCAUGAAUGAUUUUAAACUGUUGACGCUUACCGGAGCUUCAGGAACAGCUCAUGCGAACUGGUCUCGUCUACUGACAUCUGUAAUGUGCCGAUAUAUAAAAAAAAAUAUGUACGGUUCAUGUCGACAAUGACAGAGGAUGCAUGAAAUUAGCUAAAAUGCCGUUUCUCGGUUAUACUCCACAAACGGUCGAUAAUCUGUGGGAUUUAUACAGACGAAUGUGAUUUCAAGGUGCAGGGGCUGCUCAAAAGCUUGGCGAUGCCUUUAUCAAAACCAGCUUAGUGGGGGGGGGGUAGGGUAAAAAUGCUGAGUUCUUCAAAUUUAUAAUCACAAGCAUAAAGGGAUUUUUCUGUCCAUAUGUACUUGUUUUAAAGCCCGCCGUUUUAUCCUCACCACUGUUGGUGGGUCAGCAGAUUCAACAUGGCUCUAGUUCACGUUUUACUCUUGUUAAGGACAUGAUGCUGCAGGAGUAAUCCCAUUCUCCCCACAUAAGCACACGCAAGAAGAAAAAGUAAGGUUGGUGUGUUCUGAAGCCUCUGUAUAUAUGUAUGUAUGUAUGGGCAAAGUGGACUUUCAUAAAGCUUUGUCAACGCAGUUUGUACUGGGGAAUUUGUAUGUAAAGACGGUUUUAAAUGGAUCAGCCAUGUCAAGUUAGAGAAACCGGUUUUGGGUAGACAGAUCGCUUUUAACAUCCCGACAUCUUGAGUUAGAAGUACCCCAAAGAUAUGAAAAUAAA